AUGUAUAGCAAAGAGGCAUUCGAUCUGCCAACCACGGUGCUCCUCACAAUCGUCGUGCUGAUUCUGCUUGAUCCAACCUACGUGACCGCAUACAUCUCGGUCAACUAUGAGAUCGUGCUCAUCUACAUUGUCUCGGCGCUCACUCUUCUCUACUGCAUCGUAUCCGUUAUCAUGUACUUUUUGCUGGCCAAACGAGGCGAAGAGACUCCGCUUACCAACUGUUCACUUUCGGAGGUAAUCUUCUCCACGGCCGGUAUUAUGGGAUGGCUGAUCAUCAUCGGCAUUGGCGGCACCAUCUCUCAGCGUACCAUCAUCGAGACCGGAGAGCGCUUCGGUUGGAUUGGG